AGGUUACUGGUGGCAGUGUCGUAGUUGUUGGUGUCGCUAAUCAACUUUUCCAGCUAGUUAGUUAGUUGGUAGUGGCUGGGACAUGGAGCUGUUAUCCUGAAAUCACUAAUACUUACUACAAUAAUAAUAACUAGCCCUACCAACCAUCGUCCGUGUAAUAUAUAUAAUCGCCCUGUACGAUAAAUAAUAGUUUAGUCACUUCUCAGUAAGUUAGGGUUACUCCAGUUUAUAGGCUAAGACAUCGACGACGACGCCUUCUUCUUUACAACUAAUUAAAUACAGCAGUAUCAAUAGCAAUCAGCUAAAAGUCUCUAAAGUGCAUGAGCUUUCAAUUUUCCAGGGAGAAAAAAACUUGAGACGUUUCUUUACAUACAAUCUUCACUCGCAGAACAAAAGCAGCAAACUAUCUCAGGACAAUUAUUUUUGGCACUUGCUCGAGACUCGUCAGUUAGCAGAAGAAGGGAAUCUACAGUAGCAAACGACAGCAGUGGUUCAAGGAAAUCAUACCCAAAUCUCCAUCCAUCCAUCCAUCAAAAAAGGCACCUAAAUAGAAUUCACUCUCCCUUUCACUUACUUGUUUGGAGUUCAGCAUCAGCAGCACCAAAGCGACUAAACUAGAGAACCAAGAAUAAUCAUAAUCCAUUCGGCUGGUCUUGGUCUCACAUCCUCAAGUACGACCGGAUUCUGAUUUUAAAGUCUUUGAACAAAGUUGACCUGUGAAAAGAGUAGGAUUCACCAUCCAGCCCAGCAGUGGUUCCAAUAUUCCAAGUGCUUGUCGUCCAAGGAUUACCACAUCAUCUCUCUCUCUCUCACUUUCUGAGACGAAUAAGGACGACGACAUACACAUCCUGGAGGAGAGAGAACUCAUAUUUAUGGAUUCCGUGUCAACCCUUUGAAGCCAUUUGGUCCUUGGGAAUAAUAAUUUCAACCCUGUUUUUUCCUCUCUGUGGAUUUCUAAUCAAGUCGAGUGCAUUAUUGUGAUAAAGUUCGCCUCUGAAUUGCUUAAGACCAUACUUGAAAUAACCACGAGGUGACAAUAAUGAGCGAUGGGAGACGCGCUGCAAAAAGUGAUGUGGUCAUCUUGUCCAUAAAACCGAGACGGCCCGAGUUUUCUCCCAAAAAACACGUUCCGGUGAAAGUUGCUUUGGACGAGUGGGACAAAUUGGACGCAUAUUACCGUGGCCAAAUCCUCAAAUUGAAACACAAGGUAAAAUCAGAGGCCAAGAAAUCCGAUAAAUCAUCAAGUAAUAAUCAAGGAAAUAAGGAUCACAAAAAGUCGUCGUCACUUCCUCGACGUCGUUCCACAUCAGGUCACCAAUUAACUGAGCUUUUUGGAGAUGAAAAUAUUCCGUUUGGCCACCAUCAAGAUGAAGGUGAUCCUAGUCACCAGGGUGGUUCCGACGAAGAAAAUAGGCGACCCAUAGAACAUCGACAUCGAAGUAGUAGUAAAAAGCACAGGGAUGGUCAUAAAACGAAAAUAAAGUCUGAAAACUUAUUUACAACACCGCCCCCUAAAUCUCAAGAAAAGGAGAAGGAGCAGGACGACAAGGAAGACGACAACAACUUUUUAAGUAUUCCAAGAGAUAAUUUUGUGAUAGAGUUUGUAUUAGGGGAGAAAAAGCGAACUCCUAUCCAUCGCCCAGAUUCUCCGGGGUUCAUCAGUCCAGUCAAAGUUGAGCCUUACAAGCCUCCAAUUGCAAUCGGGUUCAAUGUUGUCCACAUUCAAAAGAUUUUGUACCACUCAGGAAGCGUCCAACAACACACGUCCCCAACAACUACCAGUGCAACCACACCGGAAAAACCAUCAAACAUUGACCCCACUUCUCCAAUACUUGUACUCGGAAAUAAUGGUGAAAACCACUCGGAACAAUGUAAACCAUCUUCAUACGGCCUGGACAAUCGACAUCCCACCCAACACAAAGCAUUAUUCGGAGCAAGUAAUGGAAUUAAAAAACAGCUGCCGGAAGAGUCAUGUAAAGCCAUGAAGACUGCCGGAUUCACCAAGAACGUCUCCACUUCCUCUUCUUCCUGUAAGGACAAAUCCAACUUCUCCUCUUCGUCGGCUGCUGCUGAUGAUGGUUCACAACAAGCCAACACAAUUACUUCCACAUCUAUUCUCCUUGCGAAACGGAAAUCCGACAAUCGUUCAGUACCUGAAGCAAUCAAUAGCAAUAAUCACAACAAUAACAGUAAUGCAACUAGUAUGCCUGGGAAAAGUCCACCCAACAAGAAACCUGCCACUGAGAGGGAUUUGCUCCUCCGAGAAAAGAUGCCACCACCCCCGGACCGUCAUUUCAGCCAUAGUGUCAGCAGCGGUCGCCCCAUUUUAACAAAACAUUCAUGCCUGAGUAUUACGGAUACGAUCAUCAAGAAGGGAAAAGAACUGCCCCAAGAACUGAAAGAACGGGAACGACGGCGGAAAAUGGAGUCUUUAAAGCGGAGGACCUACGCCAUGCAAAAGACUCACGAACAAUCCCUCAUGGACUCUGUGGAUGUCUCGAUGAAAGCAAUGGAAAUGAUUUGGACAAUUCCUCUCCUGUCUCCGAUCCGAUCUCCUUAAUAAUUUAAUGUCUCGCAGAACUGCAUUUUAUUCGUAUUUGAUUUAUUUUUAUUGCUCCUUAUUUGCGUACAAUACCCUGUCCUCUCUGCAGGGUAGUAUGCCUAUAAAACACAUAAUGUGCAAUCAAUUUCAUGUUGAAAUCACAAAACUGCAAAUUAAAAACAAACUCUCAGCAUCACAAAACGUAUA